AUUGCACAAUCCCAGCACGGCACUAGAGAUCAUCUCCCAAGCCGAGACUUAUUCUUCACCACCUCCCUUCCCGCUUUCCCCUCAGAACUGCGCCAGUAACUUUGUAGGCGGAGCUCUCGCUGGUCGGAUGGGAUGGUCACGUGACGAGAAGACGCUGACGUCAGCAGAGCCAGUAGCGCGGCUUAGAAGGGACCGGGUUGGCAGCAGGCAGCAUGGCUACUCCGGGAACAAGAGACACUAGGGGGACAAGUACUCGCCCAAGUUGGCGCUCAUCGUUUGGCUGCUGGACAGCUGCUGCGCCCAAGAGCACAGAAACUAGGCUUAGGGAACAGAAAGAAGGUACCUAUGAUAUAUUGUCUGGCACUCGAUACAGUGGAAAAGGUGGUGUUUAUGGCUGGGAUUUGAAAAGAAAGUUAAUAAGGUUAUAUAGAAAAGAUGUGCUGAAAAAGCUGGUAGAGAGGUGCGUCUCGAAGGGCUAUGUUUUCCAGAUGGAGAUGAUCGUCCAAGCUCGGCAACUGAAUUUCACCAUUGGGGAGAUAGAACAAUGAAGAACAACAAGAAGAAACCUGAUUUGAAUUCUUAUUUAGACGAGUCUAUUGACCAACAUUACGCCCAGAAACUUUUCAAGCUGGUCAUCGCUCUGUUUAUAUUCGCGGUUGUGAUAACGUGCUGGGGACAAUGGGCUCAUUACCAGCACAUGGUUAAAAUAGAAAACACGGUUAAGCGAAUUGAUCUUCAGCAUAGAGAAAUGGAGCAGAAAAUUCGAGAAACGGAGGCAAAAAUGGCCGAAAUUCAAAAAAGAAUAGCCGAAUCGAAGUCACAGAUACAGGAGACCAGUAAAACAGUUGCUCAAAUGACUGAGACAUUGAAAGACGCGAAAAAACCAACAUUUCCUUCGUUAUCUGAGAUCCUCUGUAAUUUCUUCUGCCCAGAGUAAAGUGUAUAUAGAUGAAGGCAGAAUUCUAAAGAGAAAAGUCCUGUAUCUUCUCCUUUUCAGCGGCAGGGCCAAAUCCCCAACUGACUUGGGCCCCAAGACCUCAACAGCUACUGAGACCAUUAUUUCAAUGAAACAAUAUCUACGUGUUUUAUUUUCUGCACUAAACCGUGAAAAAAACAUUUAAUCAUGUUGUAAUGUUAUACUUGACUAUCAUUUGAUCUUUAGACUUUGUAGCAUAAAUUGAUAAAUAAAUGUGUAUUAAA